UAUUAAUUUUAAUUUAAAUAUAUCAUGUGUAAUUUACUACCCCCAAAUUGGUCCACUAAACCUAACAUAACAUGAUUUUUGUACUUCUAAUUAGGCAAUUCUUUUUGUUUUCAGUUCUCUAGAACCUCAAAAUGUAGGUCCUGGUGACCCCCGGCCGCGCUCGCUGCCCCGCCGGUCCCAGCCCCUCCUUAAAGGUCCGCACUGGUGCCGCUCCCACCGCCACGGAGCCCCGCCGAAGGCGAAGGGGCCCCAGGCUUUCAGGCCUGCGGUUGGGGCCCUCAGGGCCUGCGCACCUUCGAGGGGUCGGUUUCGGGGCAGCUGGCCCCCCCAGGGCAGAAGGCGAGCGCGAUCUUCCCUCAGAGCCGUCUGUCUGCUCCGGGCGCAGCCGCGGGGCCUCGGGCCGCCCGCGCGGAGCACGCUGGGGGGCGCGUCGUCGGCUCCCAGGGGAGCGCGCUCGCCCCGCUCGCCCCCCUCCCGGCUAAUUCCGCUUGAUCUUCUCAGCCCCGGGCUGCUCCCGGCAGCCCUUCCCUAGGUCCAGCCAUCUGUCUCCUGCGUUGCUUAUUGGGGAGAAAGAGUCCACUUUGGGUCGCUCCAGAGAGCGGAUGCCAACUGCGCGAGGAGGGGGCUCACCUUCCUGUCCGCAGGCUGGAAGAGAAAGAGUCGCCAUUUCGAAGGGCAGGGCUGGACAUGUCUCAGGCACCGUCCUGCUUCGGCUGCCGUCUGGGGGCCCUGUACCGGGCUUGCGUCCACAAUGACUCUGCCCAGCUCCAAGCCGUGCUGGAUGGUGGGGUCUCCCCAGAGGAGGCCACCCAGGUGGACAGCAAUGGGAGGACAGGCCUCAUGGUUGCAUGCUACCACGGCUUUGAGAGUGUUGUGGCCCUGCUUAGCCGCUGUCCUUUCCUUGAUGUGAACCAGCAGGACAAAGAAGGGGACACAGCCCUCAUGCUGGCUGCCCAGGCAGGCCAUGUGCCUCUGGUGAGCCUCCUACUCAACUAUUACUCAGGCCUGGACCUGGAGCGCCGGGACCAGCGGGGGCUAACAGCACUGAUGAAGGCUGCCAUGCGGGACCAUUCCGAAUGCGUGGCUGCCCUCCUCAUGGCAGGUGCUGACCUGACAGCGGUGGAUCCUGUUCGGGGUAAGACGGCCCUGGAGUGGGCAGUGCUGACUGACAGCUUCAAUGCUGUGCAAAGGAUCUGGCAGCUGCUGCGGCGGCCCCGAGUGGAGCAGCUCAGCAAGCAUUUCCAGCCUGAGUGGCCAGCCCUGCCUGGGCUUGUGGCCCAGGCCCAAGCUGCCCCAUCUCUCCUAAACCGGCUGCAGGCCCGUUUAAGCCUGCCCUUUGCCCAGUCUCCUCAGGAGGGGGGUGUCCUGGACCACCUUGUGACUGUCACGACCAGUCUGGCCAGUCCCUUCCUCACCACUGCCUGCCACACCAUGUGCCCUGACCGCCCGCCUGAACUGGGCACCCGAAGCAAGUCUGUGCCGGAGCUGCUAGGCACUGCCCCUCCCCCACCCCCAGCCCACCAAUCCCCUCAGAUAGUCCCUGGCCCCCAGUUCUUCAUCCCUUACCAGGGCCCUCAGGGCAUGUUGAGUAUGUGCCCUCAGUGGCUACAGCCUAGGGAUGGUGCCAGCCCCAAGCCCCAAGCUCCCAAGAUCCUCCUCUCCAAGGCACCCUCAUCUUCCAGCCAGUGCCAGCUGAAGCCCAGGCCUGCAGGGCACCAAAGCCUGGCCCUCCCUGUCUGGAGAUACCAGGAGCUCAGGAUGAUGAGGAGACGGCAGGAGGAGGAGGCCAGGUGGGCACAGAGCCAGGGGAAGAUGGGCUAGGCUGGCCUGGGAGCAGCUCAUCAGGCUCCUCCUUUAGGCUCCGUUGUCCUCUAGAGCCCCUUUUGCCUUCACAUCCACACUAAGUGACUCUACUCUCAACCUAUGUGCAAGGUGAUUCAUACAGCAUUGUUUGCAACAGUGUAAGAGUGGAAACAACCCAAGUGUCCAUCGAUAGGGGACUAGCCAAAUUGAUUAUGGGUGUAGUCACUGUACACCCAUAUGAAAUAUUCUAUACAGUGGUAAAUAAGACAAGAGCAAGUAAGCUCUUUAUGUUAUGAAACUGAUCUUCAAGAUGUAUUAAUGAACAUAGCCAAGGGGUAGAACGGUAUGUGUGGCAUGCUACUGCUUGUCAAAGUAAAAUUUCCACCAAGAUAAACUUGACUAAUACAGACAUAGAGUGAGAACCAAGAUUUAUUUAACUACUUAAUGAGUGGUCAAGGAAGGAUGGAUCAGAGAAAGAAAUGAAAACCAUUGUUGACAGUCAGUGGAAAUAAGAACGCUUGAAUAAGGUAACAAAGUUAGAUACAAAAAAGCUUCAUUCCUACCCAGCAAUAAAACCAUAACUGUUUUUUUUCUACCAGACAAAAAUAAUUUGCUAUUUACCAAUCUUCUACAGGUUAACCUCUUAAUUUCAUAAUGUUUGGGCCCUAAUCAAUAAUAAAUAGUAUGUCAAACAAAGUUAUUUCCCUUAGAUGACCCAUAGGUGGGGUUAUUAGCCAAUGAUCUAAAAUAUCUUUGAAAGGGCACUUAGUCAUUUUUUGUGUGUGCCUUAUUUACAAGUUUUGAAUAUUUCUUAACACAUUGGUUGCAUAAAUACAUUUGCCUAUUUAUUCAUAACAAUAAAAGCAGCUACUUAUAAGGUGCUUACUGUAUACAUUCAUAUGUUUGAUAUUCCCAAUAAUCCAAUGAGGAUUUUAUCUUUGAGGACACAGGGCACACAGGGCACAGAGAGGGUAAUGAAUUGCUCAGUGUCACACAGCUAGAAACUGGCAGAGAUCAAGAUUGAGAGCACCAUCCAAUUGUGGAGGCCAGAUUUUUAACACUAAAGCAUGCUGUCUUAGUGGAACCACCGUGAAAAGAAACAUGGCAUUUUUCUUGGGAAGGAGACUGAGCAGCUGACCAAGACUGGAAAGGAGCUUUUCCACUGAAAAUCUUUUUGAAACUUUUGACUCUUAAAAAUAAAUUGUAUAUUUUAGAACAGUUUUAGAUUUACAGAAAAGUUGUAAAGAUCAUGCCAAGAGUUCCCAUAUACCCCAUACCCAGUAUCCUCUUAUUAACAUGAGUAGAGUACAUUGUGUUACAAUUAACAAACCAAUAUUAAUACAUUAUUAUUAAUGAAGUCCAUGCUUUAGUCUGA